UGGGACAUUGUUCCCCCCACCCACUGACACCAACAAUGGGGCACUAUUCCUCCCACUGGCACCAACAAUGGGGCACUAUUCCUCCCACUGGCACCAACAAUGGGGCACUAUUCCUCCCACUGGCACCAACAAUGGGGCACUAUUCCUCCCACUGACACCAACAAUGGGGCACUAUUCCUCCCACUGACACCAACAAUGGGGCACUAUUCCUCCCACUGACACCAACAAUGGGGCACUAUUCCUCCCACUGACACCAACAAUGGGGCACUAUUCCUCCCACU